UCCCGGUAACCCGGCAGUGGAAGCGGCGCAGCUCCAGCUCCAGCUCCAGGCCCAUGGACUGAACCGGGAUUAAACCGGAGAGGAGAGUCCAGGCCAGGCCAGGCCCCACGCGUGGGGGGCGCGAGUGAACAGCGGGGCAACAGAACUGCUUCAAGUAAUUUAGGUCGAGACCCUUCAGAAUCAGGUCGCUUAUGAAUACUUUUAACGACAGGCUCCCCACGAACAUACGGUGUGCUAAAUGGAUGGGAGGCGGCGCACGUCUGUCCGCACUCCAGGCCAGUAGCAAACCUCAAGCUUACCGCCACUCCGUGGAUGGCGGCCGGUUAUUCCAGGCCAACUCGUGAGCGGCACUAAGGCUCUCUCUGCAAACUCAGCGCUCUAAUUUUGGUCACAUGAUUGCCAAUGAUGGAUUGUACAGCAGAGUCUGGAUGCUCGGGUACUCCGGGGUCCCCACCUGGAGAAAAACAGGAUGGGAGUAAGACUUCAAAAGGUCAUAAUAUAUACUAUGGAUCACAGAAAAAUGAAAAACACAUUGAGAAGAUAAAUGAAGAACAGCGUGUGACCAAGAAAAGAGGCCGGCCAAAGGGCAAAAAACGCCAAAAAAACGUACCAAAUGGUCCCAAAGCUCCACUUACAGGCUACAUGCGGUUCCUGAAUGAGCGUCGCGAACAACUGCGUGCACAGCAACCAGAUCUACCUUUUCAAGAAAUCAUCAAGACAUUGGGCAGUGAAUGGAGCAAACUCCAGCCUGAAGACAAACAGUGCUAUCUGGAUGAAGCUGAGCGGGCAAAGCAACAGUACAUAAAAGAACUGCAGGAGUAUCAGCGAACUGAAGCUUGCAAAAUGAGCAAAAUUGGCAUCCAGGAAAAGAAGCUAAGGAAAGAAACCGCUCAUUCAUUGUCAAAUGGUAUGCAUGCUGAGAAGAACAACGAACAGCAAGGGAAAAUGUCUAUGUUUAAUAUUCCAAUAUUUACAGAAGAAUUUCUUGAUCAUAACAAAGCUCGAGAAGCAGAGUUGAGAAAGUUGCGAAAGACUAACAUUGAAUAUGAAGAGCAGAAUGCAGUCCUGCAGAAGCACAUUGAUAAUAUGAGAAGUGCUAAAGAAAAACUGGAGGAAGAGCUAGCUGAAGAACAGAGUCAAAAUGCAAAUCUACACAAGUACCUUGACAACUUGCGGCAAAUAUUAACAACCGGUUUCACUGACGCCGCACUGCCAGGAAGUGGAGAAAGCUUGACAAUUGACACGAUUGAUUCCUAUAUGACAAAACUUCAUAGUAUCAUAGACAACGACCCUCAGCAGAACGAGAAGCUUGUGAAGAAGGUGCAAGAGAUAGUUAGCAGCUUAGACAACAGUGAUGGACCUUAAAACAUCAGGAACUUCAAAUGUUAGCUAAAAUACCAAGUUCCUCUACUUUUCUAAACUUUAUAGAGUUGGCUUUAACUCUAUGAUGCAGGUGCGGCUGUUUUGAAGUCCAAUUAUACAGAUCUACACUUCUACAUCCUUCAAGAUUAAAGCAAACUGAUAUUAACGGAACUGCUGACUACACACUAAAUAUUUUGCAAUAGAUAGCUCGAGGUUUAAUUAAAUUACGGAAAUAGGACUAUUUGUUGAAGUUACGGAUAAUAUUUAAUUGUUACAUAUAGAACUCUUUUUGUGAAUUAUGGCAUCAUGCGGGUUGUGACAGAGUGGAUUUUCUAGUUUUUAUUAACUUUUAUAAUUAGUAUGUCUUCGUGCAUGCACUCUAUACAUUUAGAAGCUACAUUGUAAAGUUUACUGACAUCUUGUUAUGAUUAAAUUAUGUUUGUAUUAACGUUUUGUCGACUAAUGUGAAAUACUGUGAUAGUAAAGGAAGCUACAGAGUCUGUUUUGAAAGCAGCCGUGAUGACAGGGAUGUAGGCACUGCCAAUUCCACUUCGCCAUGCUUGCAAUCAAUAAAUAUAAGCUAAUGAUGAGCCAUAUUUUUGGAAUUUUGGCUUCAGAGAAAAAUUCUGGUAAAGUGAAAUUCAUCACUAAUUCACUUCUUUAAAGGUAAAAAAAAAUGAUCCCAUGUAAUUAUGUCUCAAGAUUCAAGGCUCAAAUUUAAGAUUUUUGUAAAAAUGUGUUUUCUGUAGUAACCAUGUUAGUUUUCUUCCUGGAGUACAAUAACAGCUGUUUAUAUAUCUGGGGAUGUUUAGAAAGCUCUAUACGUUAGAUCAUUUUAUGAACUGAUGGACAGAGCUCUGAUGACACCAUAAAGUUAGGUCUAGAAUGGUUUAACCAACAUUACUGCCAUACUGCUAUCUUGAAAUAAUAAGAAAUGUAUCUUGGUUUAACAGAAUACUUUUAACUACACAGAGGUAGGUCAUUAGCACAAUUUUGUGAUCACCCAGAACGGCAGGAUGCUGUUUAAAAGAGGUUCUGCCAAGUAUUUGUGUACCUGUAUUUGUACUUUUAGGUUGAAUAAUUAUAAUUAUUUCACUGUUUCAAGGUUGUAAUGUUCCUCAAAAUUUACAUUUGGAAGUGGUUGUGAAAUCGAGGGAGGACAGCAUUCAAAAUGUUUGUUUUUGUCUGAAUAUUUGAAGUUGCUGCUUAAUGAUGUGAGACUGCUGUUAUUAAGUGUAAAUAAUAUAGCAAUAUUUGGGAAUGUUAGCUGAAUGGAAGAAGUCUACAGCUGGGCCACCUUGGAGGUGAGCGAGCACUUGCCUGACCUGACAAAUCAGCAAGAAAAGUGCUAAAGUUAUUUUGUUUCAGAGUUUGGUCCCUAGAGAUCAAAGCCAUGUGUAUUUUUUCAGUCAUGAUAAAGUACUACCGCCAAUUAUUAAAAUAGUCUCCCAUUUAUACCUUAUUUUGAUUUUUCCUGUAGUAUCCGUUCCAUUAAAAAAAAAUUGAAACUGGGUGGAUUCCAAAGAAUAAUAUUGGAGUUACUUUCAUCCACAUCAUUUACUAAGCCAAGGACACUGAAGCCACUUUUAAGGCUUCUGAUUUUAAUUUGCUGAGAUUCACCAAUGAGUAAAGGCCAAGAAUCAGAAGUUUAAACUUGCUGCUUUGGUGGUGAAAAGACAUAGGAUCAACAAGAAGAGGGAAGAAAACAGUAAUGCUUCUCUUCAUUGUCCAUUUAGCAUAACCACCUUCCAGGCAUCACUUCUGGUCUCAGAAAAUAGAGAUUUCUUCCUGAAGGACUGUCACUCUUAAAGGAAUGCUCUUAAAUGCUGCAAUGACAUUUUGACAGAAAUAACUACACUCCAUUAACUAAUUUAUGUGUAACAAUCUUCAUAGUCAGCCCUUGUGGAGUAGAAUCCCACAGAAUGUAUCUUUUGUGAUCUUUUUCCAAUGAGUAGAUGACUGCAAACUGAUCAAUACGAAUUGAAAUAAAUCUUUUGAUUCAUGGAGCAAAAUAUUUUGUAUAUCUGAGAGUAUAGGCUGAAAUUACCCAAUAGCAUAGGUGAAUAUAUAAUGGAUAGACUGAGUUAUCAACAGUAUAUUGUGGAAUUUUAAAGCUAAAUGAAAGUAGAACAAAUAACUCGUGUGAAAAGGGAGUAUACAGGGAAGAUAGCAAAUAAUUUUACUUACCUCAGUUUUCUAUUUGUACUUUCGUAGAACGUUAAUAUUAACUUGUUGUUGAACGCUACAAUUUAUUGCUGGAGAGAAUAGGUGCAAUUUGGAAUUGUUAAUAUUGCUACAAGUUUUACCACUUGGAUUAUUCAGUACUGCCAUGGGCUAUUUAAUAUUAUAUGAUACAAAUUAUAGGAAGAUGCGAGACCUGGCAACAAUUUGCUUCUCUUUCUGCUUGCUUCGUAUUCCAAUGUUACUACCUAUACUUUGUUUUUUCGUAGUAUUAUAUAUACUGCUCCCUUUAAAGUGGUUUUACUUCUUCAGAAUUAGAUUAUUAAAAUAAUUAGUUUAUAAGUUAUUAAUAUUUCUACAAACAGUGCCGGAUUUAGAUGAAGAGAGGCCCUAAGCUGUUCCACUUGUGAAGCCCCCAACCACCGGACAGCCAUGGCGGCCAAAUCUCCCACAAUUCAAAGCGAGGGAGAAAGUGCCCAGCGCCGACCAGUUGCCGUUGCAGUGCGCAUGCGCAGGGCGGCCGAUGAUAUGCUGGCCGUGGUUGUGCGCAUGUGCAAUGCUGUGCCGGCGGAUGAGGAGCGAGCGGAGCCCGGCGGCCCGGACACGGAUAGUGGGGGGAGAUGGAGAGAGAGAGAUAGAGAGGGGGGCCGCCCAGAGUUGAACGGAAGGUGUUUUGCCUUGGCCGGAGGCCCCCCUAGACCUCGAGGCCCAUCAAUUUUUUCGGGGGCCCCCUAGAAAGUGGAGGCCCUAAGCUAUAGCUUGUUUAGCAUACGUAAAUCAGGCACUGUCUACAAAGUCUAUUACCAUUCAUCGGUUUGAAAUCUUUGCAACAUUUUUAUAAUCCGUUUUUGGUCUCUCCAGAAGGGGGCUACAAUUUUGGAAUCAUAACUGAUCAGAUUUAUAUAGUUUUUUUUUUGUUUCCAAACCAUAGUCAACCUCCUUCCAUUGGUAAGGUAUUUAUGGCUCUAUGCAUUAUUCCAACUGGUACAAAAAUCUGUGUCCAUUGUACUUUGACCCUUUAUACUAAAUUACUUGUAUGUCACUGGCACCCAGAAUUAUAGCUGCUGUUAUGGCCUUUUUCACAUGUUAAAGAUAUGUACUUCAGGGUUCUUAAUUUGCUUCGUGACAUGCAGAUUUUCCUCUUUGUGCUUGGGUACAAAGUAUCACCUGAUUGCAGAAAACAAUGGGACUGAGCGAUUAUUAGCCAAAGUAGUAGAAACAUUGACUCUCUCUCUCGCUGCAUCCUUACACUGCAUCCUUACAGAUUGUUAAUCUACCAGUUUUUAAUGGCAAUCCACAACAUCUUUUUUUGUGUCUAUUUCCAAGUUAUUUGGGUGCAUGCAGCUUUAAACGUUGCGUUCAUUUAAUAGACAAUAGUUCAUACAUUGUGAUGAAAGAGUUUUGUUGCAUUUUUACAAGAAUAAAUGCAAACACUGCUUUAAUGUUGCAUUAUGUUUACAGAUACCACUGCUGUAAAUGCUGUAGUAAGUAAAUGACAAGAGGAAGCUUUAGCUGCAUAGCAAAAAAAAGUUGUGAUGACAAUAAUCUUUGGGAUCAGUUGUAUAAUCUCAAAGAUUUGUGAUGUUACUUUUGAAUCAGUAGGGAUGCCAUCCAGUUUUUGUGAAUCGAUGUACUGUUCAGAUUAACUCCAUUAAGUAAUUUUUUCUCACUCAUCAAACGUUCAGAUUAACAACCUGUUUUUAUCUGCAAACUAUGUAUACUAAUUUUAAUAUGUAGUUUAGUUUGUUGAUAAAAUGUAGCAAUUGGUUACACGCCAUGCAAUAAACGCCUGAUACUGUUUUACAUCA